CUCGAUGUUAAUUCAAAAUCCAAGUCAUCUCAAUAGAGCUAAGAAUGGUUGAAUGGUUGUGGCGUCACGAGUAUGAAUCAUCGUUUUGAAUGACAAGUUGGUGGACAACAAGUCCAUGUAAACCCAGAAGAGACCUCAAUAAUGAUCAACUUUUACAGUUCCUUUGGUUUGUGGAUUAUUCUUUCCUUGUUUAAUUAGAAUUUCAUCAAAUAUGCUGCCUUUCUCGAACUUUCUAAUCAAUGAUACAUCUCUGUUCUGGAAGAGGAGGAUAUAUCUUGGUAUUUCUUUAAUAGUAGAGUAUCCAGCAGCUUUCACUGAAUCCAUCCCAUUUAUUUUGGAUUUUAUUUGAAUGAUUGAUGAAAGAAAAGCCCCUUAACUGAUAACAGUGAUAGGAAAAUGGAAAGAAGUGGAUAUUGAAUAGAAAAAGUGUGUCAUAUGUAGAUCAAUUUUAUAACACAUCUCCCCCCCCCCCUUUAUUUAUAUAUCUUCUCCAUGAUGUGCAACUGGAUGCACUAAAGUCAUUUCAGGGGGUUGCACUUGAAUAUGCGCAUGCGUAAGGCUGUGAUAUCCUCGACAAAAGAGGGUGACUCCAGCUCAAGCGCAACUCGACUCAGUGAAGAAUAAAACCCCACAAUCGCCACAAGUUUAACCCCUUUUUAGAUAAAAUAUGGCAUAAUUGAGGGACAAAAUAAUAUAUUUUUGUACGAAAUUGUUGCUUCACUCGUUGCAUUUUUUAUCGCUGAGUCGAGGGGGUUUUGUGAUAUUUAGGGAUAAGGGAAGAGCGAGGUAAUUCAGGACUAUGUGCAGAUAAUGUGGAGUGCUUGGACGUGGCGUACAUGAAGUCGGAUCGAUAUCUUUGGGGCUUUUCAUGUGUUUUGUAUGGGAUUUCUAGGUCUUGUGGGGCCUGAUUUUACCGAUGGGUAAAACUGAUAUGUCAAAGACACUUAACGCUUACAGAAUUAAGAAAAUCGAACACAUCGGUAGAAUGACGGCCAUGACGCAGGAGGAAAUAGUGGCCGGUGCCCGGACAGUGGCACAGGGACUCGAGGCACUUCGUGUUGAGCACACAGGGCUUCUACAGGGCUUGCAGUCUCAGGAAGCCCCGGAGGCCAGAGACAAAGCUAGCUUGUUGUGUAAAAACAUUGAGAUGAUCGAGCUGGGCCUUGGGGAGGCACAAGUUAUGAUGGCGUUGGCCAAUCAGCUACAGAUGGUCGAAGCUGAGAAACAAAAGCUGAGAACACAAGUCAGAAGGCUCUGCCAGGAGAAUGCCUGGCUGAGGGACGAAUUGGCAGGGACACAACAGAAACUUCAGGCUAGUGAACAAGCAGUUGCCCAACUGGAGGAGGACAAAAAACACAUAGACUUUAUGAAUGAAAUGCGUCAGUAUGAUCCUGAUCCUUCAGCUGAUGAUGAAAACGCAAAGGACAGGCCAAAGGAUGAUCCUGUUGUCGAUCUCUUUCCUGACGACGAGGCCGACGAUCGAAACAGUAAGUCAAUGUCUCCAACGCCACCCUCGCAAUUCGCGCAGCAGGUAAACGCAGGAUAUGAGAUUCCAGCCCGCCUGAGAACACUUCACAAUCUUGUGAUUCAGUACGCAAGUCAGGGACGUUAUGAAGUUGCUGUUCCCCUGUGUAAGCAGGCGCUCGAAGAUCUUGAGAAGACAUCGGGUCAUGAUCAUCCAGAUGUUGCCACAAUGCUCAACAUUUUAGCACUCGUUUACCGCGAUCAAAAUAAAUACAAAGAGGCUGCCAAUCUUCUAAAUGAUGCACUUGCCAUUCGUGAGAAGACUCUCGGUGAAAAUCAUCCGGCAGUUGCUGCUACGCUUAAUAACCUCGCUGUGCUUUAUGGAAAACGGGGAAAGUAUAAGGAAGCCGAGCCUCUAUGCAAAAGAGCCCUUGAAAUUCGGGAGAAGGUCCUUGGUAGAGAUCAUCCUGAUGUUGCCAAACAAUUAAAUAAUUUGGCCCUUUUGUGCCAGAAUCAGGGAAAGUACGAGGAGGUGCAGAGAUACUACCAGAGAGCCUUGGAAAUUUAUGAAGCCAAGCUCGGGCCUGACGAUCCCAAUGUUGCCAAGACCAAAAAUAAUCUCGCCUCGUGUUAUCUCAAACAGGGAAAAUAUAAGGAUGCUGAAGUUCUCUAUAAACAGGUUCUCACAAGGGCACAUGAAAGAGAGUUCGGAGCUAUCGAUGGAGACAACAAACCCAUUUGGCAGGUUGCUGAAGAACGAGAAGAGAACAAACACAGAAAUAAAGAAAAUGCUCCUUAUGGGGAAUAUGGUGGCUGGCAUAAGGCUGCUAAAGUAGAUUCUCCCACAGUCACUACCACCUUGAAAAACCUUGGAGCACUUUACAGAAGACAGGGAAAGUACGAGGCUGCUGAAACACUCGAAGACUGCGCAUUGAGAUCACGAAAAGAGCACUUGCAGCAGGCUUUGGAUCUGGUAAAACAAGCAAAGGUCGCACAAAUUCUUGGUGAUGAGAAAGGCACAACCAGACGCGGCUCACGAUCAAGUCUGGCAAAUAGUGAGCACGAACAGCAUGACGAGGAACGAAAGCAUACCGUUCGUGCGCAGUAGAAUCCAGUGAGCGUCAGUCGAAGGAAUAAAUAAAUGCGACAGAUAUUUCAUUAAUGAUUAGUGAUUAGGAUGUCCCUGAAGGAGGAAUAAAGUGGUCGUUCUGGGCGGGACACCUGAAUUUUUUUACAUUCAAAGACAGAAAAUUAAAUUGCUUCGAUGUCUGGAACGGUUAAUUUAAAUUAAAUAAAUAUUCCAGUCUCUGCUUUUCAACGACAAAUUAUUAAAAAGGUGUUGAUGCAUAUAAUGCUCCCGGCUUUGUCAAACAUCCCGAGACUACGAAUAGACUAAUUGAUCAUCCGGUGACUGAGUGAGUUCAUUGAAAUCAAAAACUUAUUGUAUGUAACAAUCCCAUUCAUCUUUUCAUGUGAAACUGACUAUUAUGAAUUGAACUAGCGAACGAAAGUUCAGCAAUUGGAAAUAAUGAUCAAUCAUUCAUAUCAUUCGAACUAUUCUCUAAGUUUUCGUAACUUUUCUCAAUUUUUACUUAAUGAUUAAUAAUUUAUUUUACGUAAAGAGUAAAAUUUCGUUAAACAAUUGAGAAAAAAAACUGGGGAAGAUGGUCAUCCGUCACGCACGAGUAUUAAAUCGUGCAAAUAUGAAUUUUCACGGUUUACAUAUUCGAUACUAUGUGUGAUGUAUUAUUAAUUAAUGAUAGUUUCUUGUAUUAUUCACUUAUUUAUUUGGCAGCUAUUUCUUAAGUCGAAUAUAAUUUUCCGGUUAACACGUUGGCUUCCGGAUUAUUCUGAAGCUACGGGUUCAACUAUAUACCAUUGAAAGCAAAAUAAAGAGGAAUUUUCUGUCUUUACGAAUUAAAGACACGAAAGUUUUCAAACAAUUUUAAAUUUUAAGUUAAUAUCGCGUAUUUUCAAUCGUAGUCUCAGUCGACAGUGCAAUGUAAAGUUGAAAACUACAAAGGAAAUAUAUUUUAUGCAAGAGAGUGAUAACAAGUCGAGACGGAUGUGAUCAUCCUGCGGCUUAUAUGAAGGCGUGGUGUAAAACCUAAAUUUAUAUUUCCACUGAUAUUUCUAUGUCUUUCUUAAUUUCCCUCAAUUCAAUGACUUUUUUUCAAUACACAUUUAUUAUUUGAUAUACUUGGAGGCUCUCGACAUUCCCAUAACUGGAAAUUUAUAAACAAAUAAUGUAUUGCAAGCGCUCCUGAGCGCUUGAAGGCCUAUCGUCUUGUGCUACAAUCCUUAUUUUUUCGGCACUGGGUGUUAUUAUGUGCAGUGUAUGAAUUAUCACAGAAGAAUUACAAUUUGACCGUCCUAUUCAUUUGUCUGAUGCAAGGGUCAUGACUUUUGUUUCUCAAAUGAAGCACAGUAUUUUACACACGAUCUGUUCAUUUAUAAGAAGUUUGAUAAUUCAUUGCUGACUGCAUUCUAGUGCAUUAUGAUUAUGCAAAUAUGAAUCGAUGAGAAUAACACGGCCAUCGUUAUGAUAAAUAUCGGGACAGAGUGAAAAUAAACAGAUAAGAGGAUAAAUUUUCUAUUGUUUGCUAAUUGUAUAUCAAACUGCCUUACCUUUUUAUUUCACUCGAACACUGACAUUUAGAGCUACAGAAACAGCCUUCUGGCUCUCAGGUGCAAUCAUUGUUAACUGAUGAUCUGGUAAUGUAGCUUUGGUUUAUAAAAAAAAUGAAAUAAAAAACAUUUUAACUUGUACAAAAAUAAAUAGAGAAA